AGGUGUAUAAAACCGCUAGAGACGUACCUGAUACAAUUAUAUACUUAAAAAGAUGUCAUUUCUAUUUGGAAGUAUUUGUAUAAUACUAUUAAGUGCUACAGUAAAUGGCCUCAUUGAGGACCGGCCUAUGCCAAGCUUAUUAUAUGAAUGUUUCUUCAACCAAACUAGCAAAUAUGAUAUAACUACAAAACCGUCUUACUCUGUGUUCACACAUUGUCGAAAUUACUACUGGACAAAAACAGCCUCUGACAGAUAUAGUAUCAAUAUAGAUCCAAGUGUCUUUACUUAUGUGGAAAGAUUAGAAAAUAAUAAUCUGUUUAACAACAGACAGAAGAGACAGACUCGAGGACCAUUCCAGAGAAGGAUCAGGAAAGAAAUUAGAGCUUUAUCAGAUACAGAGAGACAGGCAUUUUUCAAUGCUGUUGUACAACUGAAACUUGAUACUAGUGUUCGACCUAAUAUAUACGACGCCAUCGGGGGUCUACAUUCAGCUAAUGCAGUACAAGGGGCACAUUUUGGACCUAAUUUCCUUGGAUGGCAUAGAUAUUUCUUAUAUAUAUUUGAAGAAGCCUUGAGGACCAAAGAUCCAAAUGUUGCUCUACCAUAUUGGGAUAGUACAAAGGACUUUAACAUGCAGCUUGACGACCCUAUUGACUCAAUUGUCUGGACGGCCAUGUUUUUUGGAAAUGGUGAUGGAAUUGUAGAUACUGGACCAUUUGCAAACUGGAGAGAUCCGACAGAGGCUUUCUUGCAGAGAAACAUUGGAAGUCCUGGUUCCCUAAUGACACCAGAAGGGAUACAGGCCGUUUUGUCUCAAAGGUUCCAUAGAGAUAUAUUACAACCGACAUCGGGAGCUAAUAAUGACCUGGAAGGUCACCAUAACAACGUUCAUGCUUGGAUAAAUGGUCACAUGGGUGGGUUAACAACUAGUGCGUUUGACCCAGUAUUUUUUCUACAUCAUUGCUAUAUUGAUUACGUAUGGGAACUUUUUAGAAGACAACAAUUUCAACAAGGUCUUAAUCCACAAUUUGAUUACCCAAACACUGGAGUUGACGGUCAUUGGCCCUGGUCAAGAAUGGUAAAUUUAGGAAGAAUACGUAAUGUUGAUGGGUAUCAUAAUGCAUUUAUGAGGAUAUAUGAAUACGAAAGGUCUCCUGCGUGCCCUUCUUGCGGGGGAUCACCAUUUUUAGAAUGUGAUUCAACACGACAAGUAUGCGUGUCAGUUUCGUCGAGAGCAUUCCGAACGACUGGUCCACAAUUACCUACCGGAAAUUCAUUUGGAGCACCAGUUGCAUCUAUGAUGAGAAGCAACGAAAGAAUGGCAUUUAGCAAUGACCCUCAAGAAAAGACACUUGACGUACAGCAAAAGUUUAUACCUUCAAAAAUAGAUCCAAGGACGAUUGAAAAACAAGUUAACAGAGUCAAACGUGCAGUAUAUAACCCAGAACUAGCAGCAGCAAAAGCCGAAAUGUUACAAUCAGCGGGUAACCAUGGUAGGGUAGGCAUGUCAGAGAGUAGCAUUUCAGUUAGAACUCCUUUUGGUAGAAUUAAAACAUCAGUGUCAGAUGUCAGUGGUACAUCUCCAGGAUUUAAUCAUUUAAAUGGCGGAAACAUUUUUACAGAUCCCAUUUCUUCCCAAAAUAGUAGAAAUUAUUUUAGCGAUGUGAGAUCACCUGUUGGUGGUUCGAACAUCGAAGGUAUACAUUCUAACACUGGUCAAUCACAGCCAAAAACAGUUUUGUCAACUUCGGAAAUGAAGGGAUUACCAACAAUUGCUAAGAGAAGAGGUUCAGCUUCCGGUACAAACGCCUUUAACAUUCUGAUAGACAAUGAAGAUAUAGUAGAAAAAAGUAGAUUUAUCGAUUUGCCUAUUCAGAAUACCUUUGUAAUGGAUGGGAUCCCUGAUGUUGGUCGAUGGGCUUUCACUCCGGUAAGAAUUAUACACAAACGUCCACCUGGUUCGUCUUUUGACUGUAAAAUCAUAAAAAAUGGCCGCAUUUCGGAAGGCGCCGACUUUUAUUCUCCGUCUAAUUAUCUAAAUCUUCAACAGCAAUUAGGAACUGGGACACCAGCAACGUAUCCUAAAGCAAUGAGAUCUGGUUCUGGAGCAUCGAAAAUUUUUGUUCAAGCGGAUGGUGUUUCAUACGAAGGAAAGUAUACUGAUUAUGCAAUCGUAGAUGAAAGACAGCCUAUAUCUGAGACUGUAACAUAUGUAGCAAUUAAACAUCCAAAACUAGGAUUAAGUCAAUCAUUUAUCACAGCAUAUGACGCAAACGGACGAAUCUGUCAACCACGUUGUUUGAUUUCAGGAUCAAACCCACCACGCUAUAAGAUCUGUUCAGGGCUGAUUUCCGUUACUGAUUCCUUGCCAAAAAUGUACGGAGAUACAUACGGUGAUGCAGUAAUGAACAGGUAUUCAUUUGACAGUCAACAUUGUCCAACAAACAAAGAUGAUGAUAUAUUUUUGACAUUUUACUGUGAUUAUGAAAACCAGUGGCCAUGGGUUGGAUAUCCACAUCUGUAAAAUAUCUUUCAAGUGAAAAGGGAUGAAGUGAGCUUUUACGUUACUAUCCAAAAUGGUAGACAAGGAUUAGUAUUUGCGAUUUGCUUUACAUCGUGUCCCCUAUUUCUUGAAGUAAACACCAAGUGGAGCUGUUUGGCUGAAACUUAAAGCAUGAAUUACCUUCAUUUACGGUACCAGUUAAAAUCUACAAAACAGGUCAACCAGCUGUUAAAGAUGACUUCUCAAAUCACCAAAUAAAUUCCUUUCAACUUUAUUCAUUACUUUUAUUACAAUACAAUUGGACAACCCUCUAGGUGUUGAUCCAUGCUUUAAACAUACUACUUCUAUUUAACUCAUGUCAUAUUUUGUGUAUAAGUUGACAUUCAAUAUACUUUGUAUAAGUUGACCUUCAAUAUAAUUUCAUAUUUUUGUAUAAGUUGAAAUUCAAUAUAUUUUCAUAUUUUGUAUUGUUUUAUUGUCUAUUGAAAAGAGUGGAUUACAAAGCAACUAGACGACACAAGAAAAUCAAAAGAAUUUCUUGAUUUCAUAUACAAGCUCACAAGAGCUAGUGUUAUCUAUGACUAAAAAUAGCAACGAUCAACAUUCAAUCUAUCUAGCCGUGGAUCAGUUUAAAAAAUAAACUGACGCAGUUACUAAAUUAAAUUAUAUAAAUGCUUAAGAGUGUAAUUUUGACACGCCAAAUAAUUGUUAUAUAUAUUCACGCAAUAUUUCGCUAAACAAAUUAGCUUCAUCAGGCGCGUGCAGCCAUUCAAAUAAAAUCGAAUGAUGUUAAGAAAUGUUUGAAGUUUAUCGUACAUGCCCUUUAAAUAUAUAUAUUUGCAGCUUAUAGUACAUUGCGUUUAAUAGAUCAACACAAAUACUUGUGUUAGUCAAAUAGUAUGAAGUUCAAGAUUUAUUCCUUUGUUUUUUUAAACUGUUUUUUAUCUCUCUCAUUCAGUCCGUCAGUUUCAAGAGUACGUAGCUGAUACACCCCAAAACUCUCUAUCUGUUUUCUACUUUGAGUGUCCCAAAUUUUCAAAUGAAUGUCCUGUUCUUAAGCCUGAGGUGUCUCGUAAUUGGGCAAUUUUCCUUUGGUAUAAAAUGACCGGUGAUUGUUUAGUCUGAUGUGGAAUUUAUACUACGGGCGCGCCUGAUGAAGCUAAUUUGUUUAGCGAAAUAUUGCGUGAAUAUAUAAAAUAUAACAACUAUUUUAAUAACGCUCAUAAGCAUGUUAAAGUUACAUUCUUAGGCAUGUAUAUAUAUAAAUCUCUCAAAUUGAGGUAAAUAACAAAAGCUCUCUAAAAAAUCCGGAGCUUUCAAUCGGUCAUGCCGGUCUUCUUCAGCGGAACUUUAUUGUAGGACCGACAUGAUGGUCGAAAGCACCGAAUUAUUUUAAAGAGUUUUUGUUAAUAUAUUUAUUAUAUACUUUCUUUGAUGUAAUCUGGAACAGGAUUCAUGGGAACCUCGUAUUAUUGAGAAUGCCAUUUUAGAAUGAAUAGUUUUUUUUAAUAUUGUUACGAUAUAUGUUUGAUUUAGCUAUGGAUCUCGUUCCCAAUGCAUGGUAUGAAUAAUUAUUCUUUUUUUGUUUUAUUUAACAACAAUAUUGCACUUUCGAUUAACAUGUAGUUUACUAGAACAGCCAUACCAGCAAAGGUGCCUUAUAAUCAGUAAAGAUAUAGAUAUUUCAUAAGACAUUAAUCAUUAAUUUCAUUGAAAUUCCAUCAUGUUAUGUUUUUAUAAAUCAUUAUGUAAAUUGUAUUUAGUUUUUAAUUUAUUUAUUAUUAAUUCAUGUAUUACACUAAUGAAAAAUUGAAAUAAACCAGGAAUGAAUCCUAA